UUCUACCUCGGAAAAGGAUCUGCUGCAGAUGGAACACACGGAAUCAUGACGAAAGCCUACGAAUUCAACUGGCAGGUCCCUGUGCCUGAACCUUUACUGAAAGGAUGUGUUUUUGAUAUGUGGGAAGAGGAUAAGGAAGAGACGAAUUAUGAACAAGAUGCUCUCUUCCGCGUAGACGAUCUUGGAUUUUUUAUCUACUGGAAAAGUACCGGAAAUUAUGGUCGUGUUUUGGAAUUAUCCCAUGUUAAUGAUAUCAGAAAAGGAGGGGUUCCCAAGGAUUCUCGUUUGCUGACUGAUUUGACAUCACGAAGUAAACACAAUCUGGAGGAUGUUUCACUCACCAUCUGCAGCGGUACCGACAUGGUAAACAUCAGUUAUACGCAUGUUGUGUGUCCUGAUCCAGAGACAGCCCAGGUGUGGCAGAAUGGUCUACGAGCUAUAACUAACAACAUCAAAGCCAAUAAUGUGUGUCCUUCAACUUGCCUAAAGAAACAUUGGAUGAAAAUGGGCUUUUUGGUAGAUCCAAAUGGGAAAAUUCCAGUUAGAAGAAUAGCGCAGACGUUCGCUUCUGGAAAAACAGAGAAAGUGGUUUAUCAGUGCCUUGCAGAUGUGGGAUUGCCCAGUGGAAAAAAUGAUGUCAUUGAACCUGAAGACUUCACAGCUGAGAAGUUUUACCAAAUUUAUCAUAAGAUUUGCCCAAGAAAUGAUAUAGAAGAGUUAUUUCAGUCAAUAACUCAAGGAAAAGUAGAAACUAUAAAUAUUCAACAACUUAUCACUUUCCUGAACGAUAAACAAAGAGAUCCGAGACUAAAUGAGAUUCUGUAUCCGAAAUACACCGAGAAACGUGCAGCAGAAAUCCUCGCUAAUUAUGAACAAAAUGAAGAAUUGGUCAAAGAAGGUAAGAUGAGCAAGGAUGGCUUCAUCCGGUACCUUAUGUCAGAUGAAAAUGCACCAGUCUUUUUGGAUAAGCUGGAUAUUUAUAUGGAAAUGGAUCAACCGCUUGCUCAUUAUUACAUCAAUUCUUCUCACAAUACUUACCUCAGUGGACGACAGUUCGGUGGAAAAUCAUCGGUAGAAAUGUACAGACAGGUUCUUCUAGCAGGAUGCAGGUAUGUCCGUUCUGGGGAUUUCGGAGGACUAAAGAUGCUGUUUGGAAAGCAUAUUUGGUAAAUUCAAAAACAGAUGCGUGGAAUUAGAUUGCUGGGAUGGAAAAGGGGACGAUGAAGAACCGAUUAUUACACACGGCAAAGCCAUGUGCACUGAUAUUCUUUUCAAGGAUGUUAUCUAUGCUAUAAGAGACUGUGCGUUUAUUACAU